UGGCACAUAGUAAGCACUUAACAAGGACCAUCAUUAUUAUUAUCAUCAAGUUUCCCAUAGCUGCAUGGACUCACAGUAACGGCAUCUUCAGACAGAAGAGCAGAUGCGUUUAUGUGUAGCUGUACGGGCGUGUGCAACGCUUAUGCGAUCUACAGUCCAUAGGAGAAGCCAUCGAUCAGUCGAUAUGAGAAGCAGUAGGAAACAAGAUCGCCAAGGUCCUCAUUGCGAACAGAGGAGAAAUUGCCUGCCGAGUGAUGCGGACUGCCAGAAAAAUGGGUGUGCAGUCCGUAGCAGUGUACAGUGAAGCGGACAAGGGCUCCAUGCAUGUAGCCAUGGCAGAUGAGGCGUAUUCCAUUGGUCCGGCUGCCUCUCAGCAGAGCUACCUCUCCAUGGAGAAAAUCAUUCAAGUGGCCAAAAUGUCAGAAGCCCAGGCUAUUCAUCCAGGUUAUGGCUUUCUCUCAGAAAACACAGAGUUUGCAGAAUUAUGUAAACGUGAGGGAAUAAUUUUCAUAGGUCCUCCCUCAUCUGCUAUUAGAGACAUGGGUAUUAAGAGCACGUCCAAGGCUAUAAUGUCUGCUGCUGGGGUUCCGAUUGUCGAAGGAUAUCAUGGUGAGGAUCAGUCGGACCGAUGCCUAAAAGAAAAUGCUGGAAGAAUUGGAUAUCCUGUAAUGAUUAAAGCAGUUCGCGGUGGGGGAGGAAAAGGCAUGAGAAUUGCUAAAUCAGAAAAAGAAUUUCAGGAACAAUUAGAAUCAGCCAGAAGAGAAGCCAAGAAGUCUUUCGAUGAUGACUCCAUGCUGAUUGAGAAGUUUGUGGAUACUCCAAGGCACAUAGAAGUGCAGGUGUUUGGUGAUCAGUAUGGCAAUGCAGUAUAUUUGUUUGAAAGAGACUGUAGUGUGCAGAGAAGACAUCAGAAAAUCAUUGAAGAGGCCCCUGGGCCUGGAAUUGAACCGGAGGUAAGAAAAAGACUCGGAGAAGCAGCAGUCAAAGCUGCCAAAGCGGUCAACUACGUAGGAGCGGGAACUGUGGAGUUCAUCAUGGACUCGAAACAUAAUUUCUACUUCAUGGAGAUGAACACUAGGUUGCAAGUGGAGCAUCCAGUCACCGAGAUGAUCACGGGGACGGAUUUAGUGGAAUGGCAGCUUAGGAUUGCUGCAGGAGAGAAGAUUCCGCUGAGCCAAGAAGAAAUUACAUUAAAGGGCCAUGCUUUCGAAGCUAGAAUCUAUGCAGAAGAUCCUGACAAUAACUUCAUGCCUGGGGCUGGACCCCUGGUGCACUUGUCUACACCGCCGGCAACCAGUUCCGUCAGGAUAGAAACUGGAGUUAGGCAAGGUGAUGAAGUGUCCGUACACUAUGAUCCCAUGAUUGCCAAACUCGUUGUCUGGGCUGGGGACCGUCAAGCCGCAUUGAGGAAACUGAGGUACAGCCUUCGCCAGUACAAUAUCACAGGACUGAACACCAAUAUCAAUUUCUUACUUAACCUGUCGGGCCACCCAGAGUUUGAGGCUGGAAAUGUGCACACCGAUUUCAUCCCACAACACUACAGUGAACUGUUUCCUCCUCAAACAGCGACCACCAGAGAUAUUUUAUGUCAGGCAGCUCUGGGCCUCAUCCUGAAGGAGAAAGCUAUGACAGAUGAUUUCAGAGUUCAAACAAAGGACCGGUUCUCCCCGUUUGCAUCCAGCAGUGGCAGAAGGUUAAAUGUCACCUAUAGCAGAAACCUGACUCUCAGGGAUGGAAAAGAAAAUGUGGUCGUAGUUGUAAAUUACAACCGAGAUGGAUCCUAUAGCAUGCAGAUCGAAGACAAAACGUUUCAUGUUCAUGGAGAUCUUUAUAAUGAGAAAGAUUGUACUUAUCUGAAAUGUUCUGUAAAUGGAAUUACUUGUAAAUCUAAAUUCAUCAUCACGGAAAACACCAUCUAUCUCUUUUCAAUGAAGGGCAGUGCCGAGGUUGGCAUCCCAGUACCGAAAUACCUUUCUGGAGUGAGCACUUCAGCAGCUCAAGGUGGGGCCAUUGCACCGAUGACAGGGACGAUCGAAAAGGUAUUUGUGAAAGCUGGGGACAGCGUUCAGCCUGGAGACCCUCUGAUGGUUAUGAUAGCAAUGAAAAUGGAGCAUACCAUAAAGGCUCCCAAAAAAGGCACAAUAAAGAAGGUUUUCUACAAAGAAGGUUGUCAGGCCAAUCGGCAUGCUCAGCUGGUGGAGUUUGUGGAGGAAGAAACAGAAAAAUCGGAAUAAAAAUUGAACUCAGCAACCUAUUUCUUCCCUGUCUACCAAUAAGAAAGUGCCUUCGUGGUUCUCUGGGAAUUCUAAUGAGCAGCAGUUUCAUAAAUAAUGGUCAAUCCCAUUACACUCCUUCCAUUCUGUUACAUGUACAAAAGCGCACUUAUGACCUAAAUGUGGUCAAUUCUUAUGAAACCAAGUUUUAAACACUUUCGUAAAGACUGAUCACAUAAGUAAUGUGUGUCCACUUUUUGGAUCCAACCCUUUUCGCUCUUUAUCUUCAUAAGGGGCAGAGAUUUGGUCAGAGGAAAGAGAAACGGGAGUUUUUUACCAAUGGAAUGUCCGCUCUUACAGAAUGGCCAGCUGUGGGCUUGUCUCAACCUGAUGGCAAUAAUCACUUCAGUAGCAGAUUGAUAGGACCGCUUCCCCAAGCGUUGGGUUGCCUUAACGUGCAAUUUGUCAUUUAUCUUACAUCUAUGAAUGUUAUUUACAUUUUGUCUUCAUGAUCUGGGAUAUUAUCUUUGGACGGUCUGCCUUUAAUUUUCUGUUUAUUUGCCGUACACUAUUUAAAGGAGAAGAAUGAGACUGGGUAAAUUAAAAGCACAUCUUCAAGGAUGGCUGACUAUAUCUAAUGAUGGUUAAUGAUUUUGAUAUAUAGAAUUUUUUUUUCUUUCUAGACAGGAAAGUAGAAUUAAACAUGACAGAUUUUUAUGCACCAACUAUAAACUUGUAGUUUAAAAGUGAUUUGUGUAUGACUACAACUCUAUUCUCUGUGAUGCCUAUGUAAUUAAAUCUGUACCACUUAAGCGCUAUGGUAAUCGCUCCACAGAAUUGUGUGCAUAUCCUUAUACUCUGCCACUUCCCUUAUCUGUAAUAUAUUUUAAAAUCUGUCUCCCUCAGUAAACUCUAAGCUCCUUGAGGGCAGGGAUCUCUACUGUAUUGCAGUCUUACAUGAUCUUAGUAUGAUUCUCUGCAUAUUGUAAGUGCUCAAUAAAUGCUACUGAUUAAAAAUAAUCAUAAAAAUAA